CAUUCAUUUUUGUUGGUCUGAAUCCAUUUUCAUAUCUGCUAUCAGUUCAAAAAGCCAGGUUCUAGUACUAGUACUACAGGAGUGACAUUUAUACAGUUCUGGGAAGAGUGUAGCUUGUUUAGGACUAAGUCUUCUGUGUGUUUCACUGACUGUUGUGGAUGUUCAUAUUAUAAUCUGUACCGCAUAAACAGUGAACGUUAUUUAAUAUUGUGUAGGCCAAUUAUAGUAUAUAUUAUAUUAUAUAUAUUUAAUAUACAUGUAGGCUGACGUUUGAUAUGUGGCCUAUAUAGAAAGAAUAUUCUGAGGAGGUCAUCUGACAAGCACUGGUACACCGUAACACUGGGCAUGCAAUGACCCUAGAGAUAAUCAAGUCUAGGGUAUAUGAUAAAUACCUUUACAGAUAAUCAAAUCUACCAGACGUAACCGUAAGGUCAUUACCAACAUGGCUAAUAACAUCAGGGAUAAACCACUGUGUAGUAUUUGUUUAAAUGACUUUCAACAACCAAAGAUAAUCGACUGUCAACAUUCUUUCUGUUUCACCUGUUUAGAAGAUUAUACCAACAAAGUAUCUACUAACAAUCAGUUUCCAUGUCCUUUAUGUCGUAAUAUUGUUAAUAUCCCUGCUGGUGGAGUUAUGGACUUUAUGUCUAAUGUAGAUGUUCAACAGGUUUUGGUGAUUGAUAAGACAGAAGUUCCACCAUGCGAUGUUUGUAAAACUGGUGUUAAUUCUCAGUUCAGGUGUGAGGAUUGUGAACAAUAUAUGUGUAGUUGUUGUAGAAAAAUGCAUGAUGCGCUUAAAGUAUGCCGGGAUCACGUAGUUGUAUAUGUUAAUGCUCCGGCAGGAGAUAAUCCAAUGAGUAAAUCUGAAGAUGUGUGUCCAAACCACCCGGAGAAAGACAUAAGAUGUUAUUGUAAAGACUGCUCUCUAUCGGUCUGUACCGAUUGUUUUGUGAUCGGACAUAAUGGACACAACUUCUUAGAUUUACAGGACGACAAGAUCAAGGUAGAGACGAGAGAGAAACUGAAACAAUUAAAAGCGGAUCUAGAUGCCCGAACUGAACAAUUCGCUAAAUAUUCAAAUUCUUUGAAAGCACUUGUUACUGAUAUCGACAGAUCGGCUGACGAAUCGUGUGCAGCUGUCGACAAACAAGUUGAAACGAUUUGCUCUGAAGUCAAACAACUCGGUGACGACGUUAAAAUCCAGAUACAGAAGUCACGUGAUGCGGAAAUAGAUAAAAUGACCAAACCGCUGAAAGAGAUGGAAAUAUUAAUAGAAGAUUUAAAAGCCAGUGUCAAAUGUACCGUAAAUGUUAUAGACGAAAAAUCUAUUGUUCAGGUUUUAAACAAAAUACCACAAGUUGAACAAGAAAAAGAAGAAUGUAGGUUAAGAAAGUUGGAUAUACCUGAUGUAAAAUACACUUGUUUUGAAGAAUCAGUGAUUGAUAAAACAUUGCUAGUAAAACAACUAGGAACUCUACUGUAUCAAGAACAUGAAGCAACUUUUACAUCUAGUUUCAACUUGGAUGAAAUCGUGCGUCAAGGAAAGACAGGUUUGGUGCAUGGUCCAGAUUAUUAUAUUCAAGGUUUACCUUGGUGUAUUACUGCUGAGAAGUUAACUAGACCCAAAGCAAAAACGGUACGAACUCUAGCUAUUUACCUAGGACAAAGUGAAUUAAAAGAAACAGCUAAUGUUAAAUCCAGCCAGGCCAAAUGCAGCUUAACACUGAUUAAUAUACAAGAUAAACAACAAUCUAAGAAUAUAGAAGAUAUUGAUACAUAUAUUCCUGGUAGAUGUAGAGGUUGGCCUGCAUUUAUAGACUGGAAUAAAUUCUCUGAUAAACAAAAUGGUUUUAUUGAUGAUAACAACAACUUUACUAUACAAGCUACAGUCAAAGUAAUAAAAAUAGAUCGUGGUUAACGUUUGAAAACUGACAACAAUAACACCAUAAACAUACAUAUAUAAAGUAUAGUAUUGUAGAUUCUAAAGGGUGUUCAUUCAUUCGGUAUAUAACUAUAGACCCUAAAGGGUGUUCACAUCCAUUGAAUAUAUAAAUAUAACUAACUAUAGGUGUUUACUUUUAUUCAAUAUAUAAAUAUAACUAUAUAUUCUAAAGGAUGUACACAUUGAUUCAAUAAACAUAAUUAAACACCGACAUAAAUUAAUAAAUAUAGUUCCCAGGAACCUGAAGAAAAGAUGUUCUAAUUCAAUCAAUACAUUCAUAUUGACAAAUUGGUGUAAUGAUAUUUGUUAAAUCAAAUGCAAAUUUAAAGUUCUGUCACAUUAAGAGUAUAACUGGAUUUUUAUACAUAUUGCUUACCUGAUUUCUUUUUAUGUUGGUGGGUUUAUUUCCACACUUCCUUGGUUACGUUCCAGUGAUAAAAUAUAAAGCACAGACCUUGUGAAAGACACCUAAUUAAAUUAGAAUUACUUCUUAUUUAUUGAAUAUUAUAUUUUCUCCACCUAGGUGUUUAUGACAAACCAUAUAAUUUUAUUUGCAAUAAAAUAUGU